GCGGCAAGCCUGAACAUCAGGAAUCAGCUUUCACAGAGCCUGGCAGCUGGCUGGUAUCAGCUCAGCAGAGAACACAGAAGAUGGCCUUCACUGCAGCUCUGUGGAUCUUGAUGGCCGGGAUCUGCCCUGCUGUCCUCUGCUUCCCAAAUGACACACUGGAAUUGGACACUGCAUUGCAUGUUCAAGAAAAUGGAAGACAAGUUGUCAGUCUCACAUUGGCCUCCAGCAACACUGGCUUUGCCUUCAGCCUCUACAAGGAGCUGGCUCUGCAGAAUCCAGAUAAAAAUGUUGUCUUCUCCCCACUUAGCAUCUCUGGUGUCUUGGCCAUUGUGUCCCUGGGAGCAAAGGGGAACACCAUGGAAGAGAUUCUAGAAGGUCUCAAGUUCAGUCUCACAGAGAUCCUUGAGGCAGACAUCCACAGGGGGUUUGGGCACCUCCUACAGCGGCUCAGCCAGUCAGGGGACCAGGAACAGAUCAGCAUAGGCAGUGCCAUGUUUAUUCAAAACCUUCUGCAGAUCCUGGAAGAAUUCCAGGAGAAGAUAAGGGUUCUGUACCAGGCAGAGGCCUUCACAGUUGACUUCCAGCAGCCACAUGAGGCCAAAAACUUCAUCAAUGGCUAUGUGAGCAACCAGACCCAGGGGAAGAUCAAGGAACUGAUGUCAGACCUGGAUGAGGACAGCCACAGGGUGGCAAUGAGCCUGGCUCCUUGAGGAUUCUUGAAUAAUUCAGAGCCACAGGGAGCAUUGGAGGAUUCGGACAAAGUUUCUCACUUGAGAAAGGUACUGUGUGAGGUUACAAUGCAGAGAACUGAGUUGUGAGGGGUGAGGAUUGCCAUUGAGGGAAGUCUUGGGGAACAUCAGGACACAGCUGGAGAGGAGAGUGGGACGACCUGGCUUACUGUCUCCAUGGAGGAGGAGAGGAGGUCAAGGUGCAUUUGGGUUGGGGCACCUGCUGUUCAUAGAGAUUCCUCUGGGACUGCAAACACAGUCAGUGGUGUACAUGGAGAGGGACAGCUAUAUAUUCAUGUUGAGACUUGCUUGAGUCUUAAGGCUCCUAAGUAUACCCAUUGGGCAGUAGACGAGAGGUCAUUAGAGAAUUGAAGUCUAGUGGGCCACACUCAUGACCCCAGUUCCCAGUGAGCAAUCAUGUACCCUUCCCUGAUGGUCAUGAGAUAAGAGAAGAAGACUCAUCUAUUGAAAUAAUCAAAUGUCCCAACAGUCUUCCCAGUGUGUCUGUCUGUCAGGCAUCACCCUGAGACUGGGACACCACAUGCACUUCAUGAAUGCUAACAAGCUCCAGAUAUAUCCCUCCAUCCUUCCUGGAUUUAUCCUGGGUAUCUAAGGAGCCUGGUGCUGAAUGCAUCUUGUUUUGUUGGUGAGCUGGUUCUAGAACUUUUGGCUAAAUCUGAGUCCAUCUCUUCUCCAGUCUAGAACCUAGAUAUCAGGGUUUUCUUUUCCUCACUCCCUGGGCGUUGAAAGUUUCUCCUCUCUUAUUCAUCAACUGUUGCCUGUGUUUUAAACCCUCUAAAGGGAGGGACCCAGUGUGCAAUUGAGGUAAAUAGUCUUGGUGAGGGCAGAUAUGUGCUUGUAAACACUGUCAUUCACUGAGAUUGAAUGCCUGGGAACUUCCUGCCUGACAUAGUCAUUUCUACAUGUUGAACAUCCAUUUUAUACUAAUUCAACAGUGGGAAGGUGCUGGGAGCCUCCUGGCUCAGAGAGAGUAGUGCCAUGGGCACAGAGUAGAACUCUAGUGUGGCUUUAAAAUGUGAGGGUCUCUGGUUGUUCUAACUCUCUAACUGUACUGAAACGCUGAUGAUAGCAUCUAAAACAAAUCUUUCUUGCUCUUUCUGAGGGUAAAAAGCUGCUGGCUUAGGUGAUUAACACCUGUAGCCUAACAGCGGAGGAUUAAGUAAUGUGGCCUUUGUUCUAUCUCAGCAGGAACUGAGUGGCUCUAAGUUUCAGCCUGCUAGUCAGAGAUGGAGUAAUAAAUGUCCUGGCUGAAUAAGCACAGAGAGAAUUCUGUGCGCCAGGUUUCCUUCCCCAACCAUCUUGCUAUCAUUUUAUGUGCAUCCCAUCAUGUGUACAUGUAGACAUAUCACCUGAUAUGCACACAUUACAUCACACAUAUGUGAUAUAUACACAUCACAUUGUAUAUACAUAUGACGUGCAUAUAUGUGGUAUGUGCAUCUGCACAGUUGUUGCCUCUCAUGUAUGUUUCUCUACCUCUUCACCCUCUGGAAGGUGUUGGAGUAAAUGUUACACAUUCUUGUUCUCCAUGAUAUGUUCAAAGCUGCUAAUGGUGGUGCACACCUUGCAUCCCAGCACGUGAGAGGCAGAGGCAGAUGAAUCUCUUUGAAGCCAGCCUGGUCUACAGAGUGAGGUCCAGGAAAGCUAGAAUUAUACAGAGAAAGCCUGUCUCAAAAAACCAGCCAACCAAAGAGAGAAAAAAAGAUUUUUUUCCUCUUUCCUACCAUAUAGACUCAGGUUACAUAAAAGCCAGCGUUUUUAACACUUGGCAUGGACUCACUCAGUCCUUGGAGCUCACACUGUCAUGCACCCAUUGACUGUGAAGGGAGCUGUGGGUGGGGUAGGGUGCAAAGUACAGUCCUGACCUCAAGCACCAGAAACCCUCAAAUUGUUUCUCAGUGACAAGAAAGUCAAAAUGUUUGCCAAGAUCAAGAGUAAAAAUGUCAAUAAUUAUGUCCACAAUCCUCAUAAGAUGGGUUUUCCUUUUGGGGAGAGCACUGGAACUUGAACACAGAGCCUGUCACAUAAAAAAAUGUCCUAACACUGA